AUGAAUCUUUUAGUAUCUAGAGGUCAAGCUCUUAAGAAUGGCAUUGUAAAGUUUAAAUCAAAUUUAGGUUCAACAAAUUCAGAAGUUUUUGCAAAUUUUAUAUUUGAAUUUCUUGAAGAAAUUCCAGACAACAAAUACUUAGUAAUGGAUAAUGUUAGCUUCUAUAAACCCAACAUAGUAAAAGAAAUUAUUGCAGAUACAAAUCAUAAAUUCAUGUAUUUACCUCCUUAUUUGCCAUUUCUGAAUCUAAUUAAAGGCUGUUUUUCAAAAGUUAAAAACUCAGUUGCUAGAAACUAUCUUGAAGAUCAGGAAACUAUUUUCAAAAAAAUAGAUGAAGCAUUUGAUCUUGUUACAGAUAAAGAUUGCAAGAAUUGGAUCGAGCAUACUACUACUUAUUUUCAGUAUUGUUUAGAUAAAGUACCAAUUAAUGUAUAA